CUACUUCUUUGGUUAUCCCUUUAUCUGUGGUUUAUGCCCUGUUAUGUUGUUGAUAUUUGGUUUAUUUAAAUUUCAAAGUGAUCCCUAUAUUAAUUUGUAGCCAAUAUUAUUGGUUCCAUGAAUAGAUUAUGGACGAAAUGAAUGACAAUAGUUUUUCUAAAAAAAGGAAAAAAUCCUUCGCGAAUGACCGCCUGAAAAGAUUGAGGACAAGCAUAAAUAGUGAUUCUACAUCAUCACAAUCCCCUGAUAUUCCAAAAUUAACUGUAACUCAAUCUGUUAAAAGCAGCAUUCCCAACAAUCCGCAAGGAUUUCAGGAGAGGAAAAGACUUAAGCCUGUAAGAAAACUUAAAACUAAUGAUAAUGAAAGAUAUUUAGAAAUCGCCAAUAAACCAAAACAAAAUGAUACAAGUAUUGUUAAUGAACAAUCUGAUGAAUCAGAUUCAUAUGCCCCAAAACGACGAAAAAUAGAUGUACCCAAGUCACUAUCAGAACCAUCUUCUGGAAAGAACAGUUUUUCCGCUUCUCUGAAAGAUUUUAAUGGAAAUGCAUCACUAGUCCAUAAGACUUCUAAGAAAUGGACACAAGACCAAGAAAAAUUAGUUUCAUCAAAGUGUUCUAGUACACCAAACAGAAAUGAUAUAAGUUUGACAACAAAUAAAGCUUCUGUUGCCCCCCCUGACACAACUCGGCCAACAACUUCAAGAGAUAAUAAUGAAAGCUCAGUGAGUUCACGAUUAGCAUCAAUAAAAAGUGGCACAUCAAAAUUCUCAGAAAUUUGUUCGUCUAAAACAAAGUUUGAAUAUCAAUACAACAAACAAACACCAGACACUAAUAAAAAUUCAGGUUCAAAUGGUGAACAUGGUUUGCAGAUGAAUACAAAGCAGUACUUUGGAGAAGCUUUAAAUUCAGUGUACAAUAAAUUAUUUGGUACCCAGCAAGAUUCUAAAAAUAAAGGACAAGAAGCUAAUGAGAAUGCAGAUUUAAUGGACUGGGAACCAGAUGAUGGAUUUCCCUCAAAUGUACCAGAAAAAGGCAUCGAAAAAUCAAGCCGGGAAAUGUAUAUUAUUGUGGAUACAAAUAUAUUUCUAGAUAGUCUAAGUUUCCUUGAAGGAAUUAUCAAGUACGGAUCAAAUGAUGGAAUUAAGCCUGUGAUAUAUGUACCUUGGAUGGUUUUUAAUGAAUUGGAUUUCAUAAAAGAUAAUAGAUCGAGUGGUUUAAAAUCUGUUGCAAGUAAAGCCAUAGAUUUUAUAAAUAAGAUGCUCACACAGAAGGAUGGAAAAUUGAUUGGACAAAGUAUUUUCGAAGCAAAUAAUCAAAUGUAUGUAGGUAAAUCUCCUGAUGAUAAAAUCACUUCGUGCUGUCUCCAAGUUAAAGCGAAAGGUUUGAAUGCUAUGCUCCUCUCAAAUGACAAGAAUCUAAGGAAUAAACUCAUUAUUAAUGGAAUACCAAGCUUCUCCUGCAGCGAUUUCUUGAAAAAUUUUGAUGAAAAGUCGCCCCAUAAGGAUAAUUUGAACGUAUUGCUGGAUGAGAUGAGCAAAUGCUGUACAUGUAUUAUAACAGAUUGUUGUGAAGAAGCAUACGGUGCAGUUUGGAAUAAACUUGCCUUGCUUGAUAAACAACCUUGGUCAUUUAAAAUCUGCUUGGAAAUUUUCAAAAAAUAUUGGUUUGCUGUGUUCAGAGAGAAGUUUCUAAAACAGUUCUUGAAAACUGUGGAAAAAAUGAUUUCUGUUCUGAAUAAUUCAGGUUCCCUUAAGAAUCCCGGAUCGUUUGAAUCCUUUGCUAAUGACUGUUUAUCCUUAUGUUUCUUCAUGACUGACUUGGAACAACAUAAGGGUCUUAUUCAGGCAACAACCAAAAAAAUAAAUUCAAUGGUUAGCCAAAAGUCGUAACGUAAUUGAAAUGAAUUUUAUUGCAUAUUUAUGUAUUAUUUCAAUAUCUAAGAAUAUUUAAGUUAUACUGAAAAUCUAAAUUAUCAUUUUAUUUCGCAUUGUAUAUUUGCUGUUUGCAUUGGAAAUUACAAGUGUUUUAGGAUUAGUUUUUGUUUGAUAAAUUAUUUUUGUUUGAACUGUAUAUUCCAAUGGAAAAUGUGAUAAAAAUAUAUUUUUUCAGUUA